AUGAGAAAUCUGGUUCGAUGGCUUUUCUCCACUAACCACAAAGAUAUAGGGACUCUAUAUUUCAUCUUCGGUGCCAUUGCUGGAGUGAUGGGCACAUGCUUUUCAGUACUGAUUCGUAUGGAAUUAGCACGCCCCGGCGAUCAAAUUCUUGGUGGGAAUCAUCAACUUUAUAAUGUUUUAAUAACGGCUCACGCCUUUUUAAUGAUCUUUUUUAUGGUUAUGCCGGCGAUGAUAGGUGGAUCUGGUAAUUGGUCUGUUCCGAUUCUGAUAGGUGCGCCUGACAUGGCAUUUCCACGAUUAAAUAAUAUUUCAUUCUGGUUGUUGCCACCAAGUCUCUUGCUCCUAUUAAGCUCAGCCUUAGUAGAAGUGGGUAGCGGAACUGGGUGGACGGUCUAUCCGCCCUUAAGUGGUAUUACCAGCCAUUCUGGAGGAGCAGUUGAUUUAGCAAUUUCUAGUCUUCAUCUAUCUGGUGUUUCAUCCAUUUUAGGUUCUAUAAAUUUUAUAACAACUAUCUCCAACAUGCGUGGACCUGGAAUGACUAUGCAUAGAUCACCCCUAUUUGUUUGGUCCGUUCUAGUGACAGCAUUCCCACUUUUAUUAUCACUUCCGGUACUGGCAGGGGCAAUUACCAUGUUAUUAACUGAUCGAAACUUUAAUACAACCUUUUUUGAUCCUGCUGGAGGGGGAGACCCAAUAUUAUACCAGCAUCUCUUUCGGUUCUUCGGUCACCCUGAAGUUUACAUCCUCAUUCUGCCUGGAUCCGGUAUCAUAAGUCAUAUCGUUUCCACUUUUUCGGGAAAACCGGUUUUCGGGUAUCUAGGCAUGGUUUAUGCCAUGAUCAGUAUAGGCGUCCUUGGAUUUCUUGUUUGGGCUCAUCAUAUGUUUACUGUGGGCUUAGACGUUGAUACCCGUGCCUACUUCACCGCAGCUACCAUGAUUAUAGCUGUCCCCACUGGAAUCAAAAUCUUUAGUUGGAUCGCUACCAUGUGGGGGGGUUCGAUACAAUACAAAACACCCAUGUUAUUUGCUGUAGGGUUCAUCUUUUUGUUCACCAUAGGAGGACUCACGGGAAUAGUUCUGGCAAAUUCUGGGCUAGACAUUGCUCUACAUGAUACUUAUUAUGUGGUUGCACAUUUCCAUUAUGUACUUUCUAUGGGAGCCGUUUUUGCUUUAUUUGCAGGAUUUCACUAUUGGGUAGGUAAAAUCUUUGGUCGGACAUACCCUGAAACUUUAGGUCAAAUCCAUUUUUGGAUCACUUUUUUCGGGGUUAAUCUGACCUUCUUUCCUAUGCAUUUCUUAGGGCUUUCGGGUAUGCCACGUCGCAUUCCAGAUUAUCCAGAUGCUUACGCUGGAUGGAAUGCCCUUAGCAGUUUUGGCUCUUAUAUAUCCGUAGUUGGGAUUUGUCGUUUCUUCGUGGUCGUAACAAUCACUUCAAGCAGUGGAAAGAACAAAAGAUGUGCUCCAAGUCCUUGGGCUGUUGAACAGAAUCCAACCACACCAGAAUGGAUGGUACAAAGUCCUCCAGCUUUUCAUACUUUUGGAGAACUUCCAGCUAUCAAAGAGACGAAAAGCUAUGUGAAGUAA